AUGUGGACGUUGAUUCCAGGUGUGCAGUCGUACGAAUGGGGCGUACCUGGUGGUGCUCCGAACAGCUUGGUUGCUGAUUUUGCUGAGAGCACUCCAGAGCUCCACUUCCAACGUGAGGCAAACAAGCCAUAUGCUGAGUUGUGGAUGGGCACACACCCUAAUGUGCCGUCCCGCGUGAUCCAGACGGAUGGCUCGCAAGUAUCUCUGAACGACAUCCUACGCAACGACCACAGUCUACUUGGAUCGAAUAUUGUGAAGCGAUUCGGCGCGGACAACUCAUGUGGUGCAUUGCCUUUCUUGUUUAAGGUGCUAUCUAUCAAUAAGGCGCUUUCCAUUCAAGCGCAUCCAGACAAGGCCCUGGCCGAGCAGCUUCACCAGCAAAAGCCCACAAUGUACAAGGACGACAAUCACAAGCCUGAAAUGGCCAUUGCCAUACAGGCCUUUGAGGGUUUCUGCGGUUUCCGCCCAGUCAAAGAAGUGCGCGACUUUGUCACACGAGUGCCCGAGCUCCGUACCGUGUUGGGUGCAGAUGGGGUCAUGGACAAGCGCUUGCAAGAGGCCGUGGACGCACAGUCUCGCGGUGAUGAAAAGGCAUGUGUACGCGACACCAUCAAGCUUGUGUUCGGUGCAUUGAUGCGUGCGGAUCCACAGGUGUACGAACCAGCUGUAUCGAGCUUGGCUGAGCGCUAUGAGCGCGGAACGGACGAGGUAUCAGAGGAGGUGCGUGCGCUUAUUGUGCGUUUGAAUCAGCAGUACCCGAAGGAUGUUGGUGUACUGUGUACGUUCUUCUUAAACGUCGUGCAUCUGGAGCGAGGACAAGCCAUGUUCCUGGGUGCCGAUGAGCCACAUGCAUACCUCUCGGGCCAUAUUCUCGAAUGUAUGGCCGCCUCCGACAAUGUCGUGCGGGCUGGACUCACGCCCAAGGCACGCGACGUCGAGGUGCUUGUGGAUAUGUUGACGUAUGAAAGCAAGGACGCUGCUGCACAGCGUCUCGAUGCGCCUGUUUGGGAUGGUGACAGCCGGAAGGGCACCGUCAUAUACAACCCACCCAUCCCCGAAUUCGCUGUGCUUUUAACGACACUCGCUCCAGGCGCAUGCUCUGAUCAUAGAGCCUUAGAUGGUCCUUCGAUCAUUAUCGCGACAGAAGGCAGUGGCACAUACACUGUCAACGGCAAGAAGGCAGAGGUUCAUACCGGACGUGUAUUCUUCAUUGAGGCCAAUCAGGCGCUGCAGAUUACGGCAGGCGCUUCAGGGCUGAUUGUGGCGCGUGCUUUUGUAGAAGUAGCAUAG